AUGGCUGGGUUCAUUAGAUUCGCUGUCAGAGAAGCCUUCUGCUUGGUAUCAGGUAAGGACGGUACUGUCCGCUCCGAGAUGAAGAACGAUCUUCCUCUUGGCCGUAACGUUGAUGAGGUCCUUCGUAUUUUGGAUACCGUUAUUGAGACCGAUGAGCACGGUGUCGUCUGCCCUAUGAACUGGAAGAAGGGUUUAGAUACUAUGAUCCCCACUACUGAGGGUGUUGCUGAUUAUCUCCUUAAGCAUACCAACUAA